UUCGGCCGAGGCAAUGUGGGGUGCCGCUACGUUGCUUGACUGCUCUUAAUGCGAUUGCAUUAAGUCUACAUUCGUCAUGCGAUUGGUUCAGCAGGAAUUCCUCUUUAUUUUCAUCACCACCAAUAUGCCCAAAAUAGAGGGUAUGAGCCAUGAUUUGAGGCCACAACAAGAACAGCAACCCGUCCAGGAUCUGGCAGGAGCUCGGCGCUUUUCCGAGGAGCCUUAGAUCGCCAUGAAUGCCCCACAGGAGCCACCGACCAAGCAGAGCAGUGUAAAGAAGGAAUCGACUGGACAGAAGGACUCGAGCGAGACCCUUAACCUGCCUCCGCCUCCAAGCAAUCACGGGACCGUGCUAUGCCUGCUAGGUCUCGCUGCGGUGACUACGUUGUGCGUGGUUGGCGCGGUCCUUGUGAUCGCAUUCAACAAGGGUAGCGACGACGAGACGAUCGUCCAGUACGAGCCGUCAGUUUCGGAGCUGGGCGAUUACAGCCGUUGGGCAGCAGUCACCGACGCAAGGCCGUGUGUAAAUGCUUCCAGAUGGAUGUAUCUGAAAGGCGGCAAUGCGAUCGACGCAGCUGUGGCGACGCUGCUCUGCCACACACUCGCUUUGCCCGUCUCAAACGGCAUCGGCGGAGGCUUCGUGGCGACUAUCUACUGGGCGAAAGACCAGAAAGUGCGCACACUUAUCGCACGGGAAACUGCUCCUGCGGCGGCUACGCGAGACAUGUUUGUUAACAAACCGGGAGCUUCUCUGAGAGGUGGACUGUCGGUGGCUGUCCCGGGAGAACUUCGCGGUUAUGAGAGACUCAUCACGUAUUACAGCCACAAGUCAUUCCGUGAACAUUUUGAAUACUCUAUAAAGCGUGCCAGGGAAGGCAUAAAAGUUGGAAAAUUUUUAGCUAUGACCUUACAACUAGAGUACGAGCACCUGAAGGACGCUCCAACCUUAAAGGACAUGUACUUCAAAACGGGCAGUGGGGAUCCUCUCACCGAAGGAGACAUACUGAAAAAUCCUGACCUUGCAAAUACUUACCAGGAACUAAUGAACAAGAGUGUCGACUACUUUUAUGAAGGAGCUUUGGCAGAGAAGAUCGUACAAGCGGUCCGUAAUUCACAUGGCAUAUUAACAAAGCAAGACCUUAGGGAAUACAAAGUCCGCUGGGUGAAGCCAAUCGAGAGGAAGUUCAGAGAUGGCCGCACAAUGUACUCGGUACGACCACCAGCUAGCGGUCCGGUACUUGCCUACAUGUUGGGCAUUGUGGAUGAGCUCAGAGAAGGACCAGAUGACGCCCUCAACGAUGACUCUCUGAACUACCACAGGUUCAUCGAGGCUCUUAAGUUCGCAUACGCUAAGAGAGCGCUUCUUGGAGAUGAAAGAAUGGAACCAGGCGUCCUAGAGGUGAUAGAAGAGCUUUUAUCGAAAGAAGCGGCCGAAAUGUCCAGAGCCAAGAUUAACGACUCCAAAACUCAUGAUGAUGUCCGUUUCUAUGGAAUGACGAACGCAAAUCGAAGGGAUAGCGGAACUUCUCAUUCUUGCUACUGGGACAAGGACGACAACGUGGUGGCCAUAACGAGCACGGUGAACUACCUUUUUGGUAGCCAAGUGGUGCCAGACGGCACUGGCUUCAUCCUGAACGACGAGAUGGACGACUUCUCAACGCCGGGGCAAAUCAACGCUUAUGGCGUAGGCCCUUCGACAGUGAACUUCAUCAAGCCGAACAAAACUCCUCAGUCCUCGAUGGUGCCCACCAUAAUCCUCGACAAGGAUGGAAAGCCAGAAAUGUGCAUCGGUGGUUCCGGAGGGUCCCUCAUCACCAGCGGCGUGGGCAUGGUUGCAAUGCGUGCACUCUGGCAAGGGAAGACCAUCAAGCAAGCCAUCGAUGAGCCCAGAUUUCACCACCAAUUGCUGCCAGCCGAACUGCAGGUGGAAAGAUCAUUUUCUCGGAAAUACGUGAGAGAUUUGAAGGCAAAAGGACACAAGAUAAAAUUCAAGGAUAUGUUGAUUAACUCUAUCAGCGGCAUCCACAAGCGAAACGGCCGACUCUACGCCAAUACCGAUUUCAGGAAGGGUAGCACUGUUGACGGGGAGUGAUGCAUAGCAAGCCGUGCUUAACCAAAGCAGAUCCACGGAAAAUAAAGAUUGUCCCACAAUGA